UCUCUUCUACUCUAUUCUGUUCUCUUCUAAUCUAUUCUGUUCUCUUCUUUAUAUUUUUUACAUAAAGCUUAUUUGCUUCCUUCCAUGCCUUCCCUUCCUUCAAAUUUCAUAUUUUUCUUAGAUACAUACUUUAAACCUAUUUCUCUUGGUUUCUAUUAAAUCUAUUUUUCCUUUUAAAUCGCUAAUAGCAUUGCAUCUUUCCUUAAGAUGAAGUUGAUACAAUAUGUUUUUAGAGUCCUUCCUGGCAAUUUUCUUCUUGGCUCUGGCUAGCUUUUUUUCUUUCGAAUCAAGACUUUUUCCCUUUUCUCCUCGUUAUAUCGAAAAAGGACGUUAUCUUUUCUUCAUUUACCUUGCGGAUAACAAAAUGUUGUCUUGUGAUAGAGCUUUGUAGAGCUUCCGGAGUUUUUCUACUAGUUGUACCCCCUUGGACAAUCUUGUUAUCAUAUUUUUAUUGGCUGAAAAUAAGAUCAGCAAGCUACGGCUGGUUGUUUCAAUACCUUUUGGCACGUACUUUUGGCUUGAUUUCAGGAAAUAGUACAUUCCUUCACUGAAUUUUGAUACCAGUUAAAGAAUAUUCCUUAUUCCUUUUUAAAUAGCUGCUUCCUGUGAAUAAUAGCAUUGGUCUUUCACGCUAAGACAUUUUUAAUGCAAAAAUAAAUUAUUUGCCAUUAAAGAUCAAACUGUGUCAAGUUGCAAAUUAACCUCCAAAGGUGUAUCCGCUUGGUAAUUGAUACAUCUGCAUACAGCCGCUCUUCUGCUCCAACUAUUGACUUCAACUUACGUCUUUUAUAAAAUUGACUUAUCUAAUGGUCAUUAACCUUGGGAUAAAAUUACAACCUUUCAGCAUAUGAGUAACUUUUUUACGAUUAAAGUUACCAAAAUGUUUAGAUUUAAUGAUGUCUCUUUUUACCUUUCUACAUAAAUUAGAUCUUUCAACUAACAAAUGAUCUUUUCAUCUUAUCUUUGGCUUAAUUGUUGCUAUUUGUGCUCAGUUAUUUUUAUUCACUUGAACUAAAUUCAGUUGUACAUAUAAGUCAUGUAUGUUUACUAGCCACAAUCUUACAUUAAGAGCUAACUGAAUUGCAAUCCUCACCUGGCUACUGAGGUGGUAAAUUUGAUAGCUGUUGGCUCAGUCCUAGCCCUUUGGACAUUACCCAAAUCGAAGCAAGCCUGAAUAUUGUCUUUAAGUCAUUGCUUGGCAAAAUUGCAUAGCACCGUAAUUAUCUUAUGAUCAGGUACACCGCAAAGACCAUGUUUCUCGGCGCUUUGUAUUGCAAGUUUAGAUUUGCUAGCCUAUAUAGAAUUAAUUUGGUGAAUUUAGUCACUUGUUUUAAUAGUCCUAUUAAUGCUUCUUUAACAGAUUGGCAAAUGAUUCCGUCACAAUGGGAAUACUACAGGCAUUACAGAGGCCAUUUAUGUAACUUGUGGAAAGUCCACUCAGCUAUCUGCAUCUAAUAUCAUUUUAAAAUAUCAAAGUAACAAAGAUUCAUAAUGUUUCUUCAAAUUGGCUUAUUUAUAAGACAAGGUGGGAUUAGCACACCCAAUCAUAAUAUAAUUUUACAGGAAACCCAGUAUUGUGUCCUGGGGUACUCCAGGAUCCAAAUUUUUAUUCAUAAUCUAUGUACAAUAUAACUGUCUCAGAAAGCCCUUCAAUUCAGUUUUAAUUUAAUCAUUUGAUGGAUAUCCAGUACUGAGGAGAGGGGGUCAGGGGGGUCACUGCCGACUUUAAUCUUGGAUUUUUCAAAUUAUUUGAAUAGUGAAAUUUUUUUGGUGCAGCAUAUCAGUUUUGAUCAAUUUUGGUAUUUAAACGUUUUUAACUUCCUAAGAUUUUUUUUAAAUGUAAAGAACUGCAUAUUUUAUAGUUAAGAAAUAUGCAUGCAUUAUGACGAUAGUAUACCAGUAAUAGUUAAACUAUAUUGAAAAGGCUAUUCAUAGCCACCAUCACAAUUUCAACAACCAAAAUAGCUGCAACCAUCGUCUCAAAAAAAUUUCCCCGGACCCCUUAGAAGGGUCGCCUCCGGUGUGUCUUGCUUUUAUCUUACUUUCUGACCCGGGGCCUAGAAAUCCUUUCCCGCGGCCCUGUGGAUACCCCACACGAUGAGAUUCCAUUGAUAUCAGCGUUUUUGUAAGAAAGAAAUACGCCUGGCAAUUUGCCAAUUUAAAAGUUUUUGUAAUCCUGCGUUGCUCUCUAUAACGCCAGGUUUAGUCAGACCACAAAUAUUUUCGUUAUCUCUUUUUUUUGUAAUAGCAGAUCCUCGUUUGGUGGGAUUCAGGCAGAUAUUUCCAUUGAAUUGAAUCGCUUUCCAGAAUAAACAAGAUAGCUUUGAUUGAGAUGAAUUGAAAGAUGACUCUGUGCCCAGGAGGUACUUCCCCUAUAGUUUUUAGAGUGCGUGAAACUAUACCAAAAUGGUUCUAUUCUCUUAUUUUCUUUAAAAAAUACCUCCUCAUGUAGCCAUUCACAUUCUCAUAUACCCUCAUACACACACGUAUCCACGCCAUAGAAGAAAUAAGCCUUUCCUAACCUCUUUUUUCCAAGAAUAUGCCCUAUACAGUGUGACACCCGUAUGUUCCGAUCAUAUUGAUAUUCUUUCUUGGCUUCUGCAUUUAGAAUAAAAUUUAGUACAUUCUGGUGGAAGGCUUUUUGCUUGCAAAGUGCAAUGGUCGUGAGUGGUUUUGCGAAGAGGCAUUCUGAUUAGAAACGGUCACGUGUAGCCUACAGCAAGCAGAUCAAUGGUAUAUAAUAGAUACAAAGUACAUCUUGUGAAAUCCCGUUGAUCUCUAUCCGUUUGUUGUUUGUAGGUGAGAAUGUCUCUAAGCUCCAUGCUUUGCAACUUUUCCAUCUUAAUCUGUUUUGAUACUGCAUAGUAAUAACACGCGGAGGGCCCUCGCUGGCCGGCAUUCUUUUUUGGAUAGGAAAUCUUCUGUCCUGUUUUCCUACGUUGGAUUCGGUGAAUAUAAAUGUGGUUUUCAUGUAUCCCUGUAAGCUUUAGUUUAUCAACCAUUAAACACUCUUGUUUUAGUUGGAUUUUGUCAGGAAUUUUGCAGCCUUUAAAUAGAAAACUCAAUCUUUCUGUAUAGAUAAGUCGUAACAUACAUGAAUUGCUAGACACCCUGUGCUUAGAGGCAACGCGUGACAUGGCUCAAAGUAUAACCAGGAAUUGCAGCAUUUUUUGUUUCGCGCUCUACUUGGUUCGUUUGGUUCUAUUAUUAAUGUUUCUGGCACAUUGAAAGUUGCCUUAAAAAGCAACAAGUGUAACUAAAAUGAGCUGUUGUGUUUUAAGUCAUCUAAAAAGUCAUCAUUUUACCAUUUCCAGCAAAGCACACUGCUUUUACAAUUUUUAUAACUUUGUCUAUCAGAUCAUGGCAUUGUUGAUAGGUGUAAUAGUCCAAAAGUAGUUUAAUUUUGGGUGUUGCUAACUUUGGCAAGCACUGAUAAAGCGUUGUGGUACAGCCAAACAGCAGCUGUACCCACUGACACAAAAUUUUGUACAAGCUGUCUAAAUUAAUCGAAGUAAAAUAUUUGUACUGUAAAUAACACUGUAGUGUUAUCAGUUUUCGAAAAAAGUCAUUUUAACUUUUUCUGAACACUAGUGUCAUUGCCUGGUAAAAUUAUUCCAUAUUGUUCAACGAGAACUACGUAGGUCUAGGUAUUCAACUAAAUUGUUUAUCAUUUGUUUGUAUGUAAAUCAGGGGUGGGCAACCUACUGCCCGCCAGCAAUUUUUAGCGACCCUCAGACCUCCAGAAUGGAAUGUUCAACGAACAAAAAACAAAAAAUAUUUUCAAUCAACGUGAAAUAUUUCGUCUCUCUAAUAUUGAAGUUCAUUCCCAGGUGAAAGACCUCAACAAGCAUUUGUAUCUGGAAGCAGCUUUUCUCGCAAAUGAAGUUAAUCAGCUAUAAAUUUUCAAAAAUUUAGACAAACACGUGUAUUUAGUUACAUGUUUCUGUAGUGGCUUUGACCUGAUUUUGACAAGCUUGCUAUAGCACUAGAAGGAGAAUAGCUUCAUUGCUAGUAUAGGACAGUACUUACUUGUAGCCCUUCCAGGCCCGACCCGCUCUUCCAUGGAACAAAGUGUUAUAAAUUUGGCUCCCAUGUUGAAAAGGUUGCCCGUCCCUGACCUAGACAGUAACAAAAAUGUUGUUUGGUCUUCAUGUCUCUUUUGAUAGGUGUUUGUUUGUCAUUUUUGCAUAUUUUCCUCGGAACUUGACGCUCUUGUUCACAAUUUAGUACUGGACCCAUUUUCUACUGAAAGCAUCACAGUUCAUCAUCCACCAUUUUCAUAAUGCGUAUCCUCCAGUUGCAAUGGCGGCACCAGCCACUAGGCUCUGGGGGGACAAAAAAAUAGGCCACACCCUUUAAAACAUUACCCAUCCCCAAACAUUUUAUCAUCAAAUUUAGACGAAAUUGCCUGUUGCGAGAUAAAUUCACAAAGCUAAAAUUGAAUUUUUUCAUACCUUAAUAUUGGAAAGUUUACAAAGAAUUAUCAUGAAUAUUUCUGUUUGCGUUACUCUUGAGUAGAUGCAGCCUUUUUGUAUGAUACAGACAUCGACGCUUGACAAAGCAAAGUCGAAUGAAUAGAGGCUCUUGCAUUUAAUCUUCUCAAUGGCUUAGAUAGCUGAAAAGUAGUUACUUUAGCGGGCAUGUAUUUGGAAAAGAAUAGUACGUUUCUUUUACAACCCGAUUAUUGUAUCAGUAGUUAGAAUGCUUUGACUGCCUAGAGAGCGGCAACAUAAUUUAAGAAUGUGUGUUUGUAGGAACGUCUCUUUUAUUUGGGGUCACAUUUUUCACAGGUCAACUUAUACCCUUGGCUUUGUUACCACAGAAAGGCAAUGUUGCAUUUAGAAAUGACAAGUACAAAUGUAGCCGUAUAUUUAAUUUGUACAAGUCAAAAUUCCUUGAUGCCAUUGUGCGCGUGCCUCUGUGCAACAAGCCGCUCGCAGUACAUUUGGGCAUAGCUUGUAAUAUCAAUAGUAUCGCAUAGCAGCUAACAAAGAGGCCAGAAUAGGUCAUCGUAUCAACAAGGCAAAUUAAGCACCGCUAACUCACUAAUACUCUAGUCGCAAUAACACACUGAAUCGCAUAGGCAGCUUUCAUAAUAUUUAGUAUAUUGAUUUACGAAACAAAACUCGGCUAAAUUUACUAGGAGAUUAAACAAAUAUUGUUAUUGAAAAUAUCUCUUUAUUUCAUCUAGGAUAUUACCACGACAUUGAGAGAACAAAAAGACUUGACCUCUGGUCGCGGCAAAAGAGCGCACCGAGCCUUGUUCCCCGUGUGUGUCUCAAUCCACAAACGGUUCUGCAGCAGUGUUCAGAGACAAUUGACCGCAAAAACUACAGACUGGUUUUCAACCGGCCAACACUUUUUAGCUGCAAGGAAAACGGAGGCAAAGUGGGCGAUCGAGCCUUGUUGCAGCACCUGAACGGCUGUGAGAAGAUUAAGCUGUUCAGCCAUUGCUGCCCAGUUGUAGCCACAGGGAUCCUAGAUGAAUCUUUCCACCGCUCGCCUAUACAGGUCAGGGCCGUGUUAUAAAUCCACGUGACUCCUUUGACGAGGUUACAUCUAUAGUUGCAGCCUAGCGCGCGGACAUAGAAAAUCGUUCCACUUGGUGACCACUGCAAGAUCGAAGCUUACUCUCUAGCUACGUUGAUGAUUGCCUGCAUUGUACCAUAAGAGACAUCAAGCAAGCACACGCAACCUACAAGCCUGUAUAUCUCAUUUCAAAUCUGAUAUUCUUUUAGAGGGCUGCCUUUUUCUUUAGCUAGAGACAUUUUUCAAACGGAGUGUAAAAUUUUUUAACGUUAACAGCAUAUUUCAACUUAAGAAGAAAUUUAAUGGAAAUUUAGUCAAAGAUACACACUUCAAUCGCACAUGAAAUGUUACAGUAAUUUGUUUACUGGCAACAACCUUCAUAGAGACUGCUGAGAAUUCUGGGUAAAAGCUGCUCGUAUUAGCCGACAGAUUUAAGUAAAACCAUUAUUUGUUAUCAAAGUCAAUUUGGCGAAAAUUUUCACCAGACAUGGAAGGUCCCAGCUUCAUGCACUUUCCAGAUUCACCGCCUUCAUUACUCUCACCAGAAACAAAGCCACCACGAGCACCAAAAUGUGCCAGGUGCCGAAAUCAUGGAAUCGUUUCUUGGCUGAAGGGCCAUAAACGAGCAUGCCAAUGGCGGAACUGUAGAUGCAGUAAAUGUAUCUUGAUAUCAGAGAGGCAAAAGGUUAUGGCUGCACAAGUUGCGCUAAGAAGGCAGCAAGCUCAAGAGGAGAUGAACAGUGAUGCCAAGCUGCAGGUAAACAUUGCCAGCUUCGUCAGAGCGUCGGAGGAAGAGCGACAGAGUCUUGUCAAGCGCAGGAUCACACUAGGUAUGCCUGAAGGGAAUGGUCCAUCAAUACAAGGGUCAAGCAGCAACGGUUUUGAGUCUCACUUAGAAAAUGAACAGAAUAUGUACGAUAACAGAAACUGGCACGAAAGCAAGUCUUCUACGAGAAGCUCGCCGGAGCAGCAUGACUAUCCCCCGCAACCAGCGCCGCCUUUGCCAUUUUCAGCUGCAUCCAAGCUUUUCGCCUCCUCUCCAUCAGAAUCAAGCAAAGACCCUGCCGAAGUCCUUAUGAAGAUUUUUCCGUAUUUAGACCCAGUUGUAUUGGGCUCUGUCUUGAAAAAUUGUCAAGGUGAUUUGCUAAAGGCGGUUGAAAUUCUCUCUCCGCAUUCCAUGACAAGGCUUAGGGAGGUUAAGCCAAAUAGUAAGGAACACAUAGAAAUUCCCCCAGCUACCUUUGCAAGACAUCUCUCAGCAUUCUCCUCGCCAAAUAGAGGCAUUGAACAGCCUCCUUGCACUUGCUGCCAUAGAAACGGUGUCCGAAAGUUUUCGGACUACAUGCCUUCCAAUAGAAUGGAGAUGAUGAAAUACAACCGCAUGAUGCAUAGGAUCACGGAUCAUGAUGUGAGAAAAGCUGACUGUCGAGGUCAUGUUAACUAUUUCUUGUCACUGCAAGAAAGCAGUGAAAAGUUUGCCAAUGAUAUUCCCCCAAGAAGGCACAUAGGCCAUGAAAAUAAUGACAGACUUAGUAUUGGAGAGCCAAUCUGCUUUGAAUGCAAAGCUCCUGCGCGUCCGCAAGACUUAUUUUGCCGGGCGUGCGGGGCAAGGAUUGCAAAAGCUGUCCAAUAAGAGAAAACUGGCCAUACUUAUGUCCACAAGACCAAACUAAAGCUGAAUACAAGAAGCAAUCCUUUAAAUUUUUUUCUGAAUGACUCUCUUUGAAAUUCAAUCAAUACGAUCUCCAUUAAUAUAUGUAAUAUGUAAAAAUUUAAUGUGAUGUAUCAGUUCAUCGUAGUUAUAAUGAAAUAAGCUACAAAAAUGUAGAGUAUUAAUAAUGAUAUUGUAGAAUGUAAAUAAGCUAUAGCUUCUUGGUUUGUGAAAGUUAAAUCUAAAAGAUUCAGAACGACCUGUUGUUUCAACCAAAUCAGCUCUUGUUGCCCCGGUAAAAGUUAUGAUUUAAACUUCACAGUUAAAACUUAUGAUAGUACGACUUCAUGAGAAAUGCUCAUGCUAUGCCUUCUUUUGUGUUUAAUUUCUUUGUAUUAAAAUUAUCUUUAAUCAUCUUCAUUACGAAUCUUCACUACGGUCUUAAAAUUUUUUUUAUGCAAAUAACUUUUGGUUAAGCAAGAACAUUAGUGAUUAAAGGUAAAUAAACAAGAGAGCAGCUUCCCUUUUUGUUCUAUGGGCGCUUUUAAAUGCAAAGAUUUAUGGUCAGUUAUACAGGAAUGAAAUGAAAAUCGAUUUAUCUUGAGUGAUGAUUGAAUUUGACAUUGAACUUUGGAAUCAUUCAAUCGCUCGCCCUUGAUGUCUUAGAAUUUUUCAUUUAAUUUGCUAUCUCUUUCCUGGUAUGUCAUGCUCUUUUUGAUCAACUCUAAACUUUUUACACGAAAUAAUUUUGAGUUACAAAGGUGCAUGUUUUCAAAAAUGCUCAAAACGUUCUCGAAGAAUGAAAUGGUAUUCGAUAUUCUGAUCAAGGUAAUACUAGCCAGCUCCAGAAACCUGGUAUAGAAAGCAUCAUGUCAAGGACAAUCUUAAUUUUUUAUGAUGGUGAACGAAGAAAGAUUAAGCCAUGCUACUUUUUGCUACCAAUAACUCUGUUCAUUACUCUGAAUCUUUUAGAUAUUUUUCUUCAAAAAGUUUUAUAUUACUUAGUGGACUCGCAAUUUUUAUGCUUGCCAGACAAAUGAAUGGAAGAUGACGAGAAGAAUUUGAACGGCUUUAAGAAAUUUGAUAACUGUUAGUGUGGUGUCGCAUAUUAUGUUCUGGAUUCCAUUUAUCCACAUACUAAAGUCCUGCUGACGCUGUAGAAUAUGGGUUACACAACUGCGUCGGAUCUUCAAGAAGCUUAAUGCUUUUCUAUAGAAUAUCUGUUGAUUUUAUAUCUGAUGUCCUGCGUUGAGGUUACAUUUUAUCACAUCCAAAAGUAAGAUGAAUAUCGAAACCGUUUAUCUUAGGAUAAUGCUGUUGCAUAAAUCGAAUAAUCCGUUUGCAGGAGAUUCGGUCUUCUGUAAGCAUGUCUGUUUUAAAUAGUUAAACAACACUGUAUGUUUAUCUUGGAUAACUUGAGUGAUGAACUCAUUGAGCGUGAAACACAUUAGCAGUGUCUUAAGUUCGCGCAUUUUUCAAUGAGCAUUGUUUGAAUCAGUUACACAAAGCCGACGCAAAUCAUAUAAUCAGAUGUUUCGAUUUGUUCUGGUAGAUUGUAAAUAAUGUCUUCAGGCAGUAUAGAUCAGAUUUUAAGCUCACUUUUUGUUCAAUUGGUAAAAUGAUGAAUUCAAACCAAACGAGCAAAAGAGAAAUUAUUUCCACAAAAACAUUAUAUGGGUAGACUUAUUGAUCAAUUUUCGUCACUUUGAAAGAGCCUUAUUGAAACCACGUGCAACUACUGCCUGAUCCUUGAAUAUAUGACACUUCAAAGGUUAAUUGGUCCUAUUUCUUUGUUUCCAUUUUACUUGACAGAUAUAGAAUUGAACCUGAUAUGGAAACGAUAGAGUUCUCUUGGGUUUAGAAUAUGAGAGAGCAAGCAAUUGUUUAGAAUAUGAUUCAGAAACAUGGGCCAGAAUUACAGGUUCAAAGCAGAUAAUACAGUUACGAUACUGUACGUGUCUGUAAGAAAAAAGUGACAAAAUCUACGUUUUUUUAGCAUUGAGUACUUUUUCUUUCUAAAAUGUAUUUUGAUUAUGUCAACUAUUUACAAAAAAUGCUGGUAGACACUUAAAAACUCUUUGUUGGUCGUAUCAUUUACGAUUCGAGAAUUAAUAAUGUACCCAACCCUUUUUUUAGUUUGUUUCUACCUCACAAAAAAGUGCGCUUUUUCAUGCAAUAUAAUUAUGUACCAACGGAAAUCGUGGCAAAUUUUUGCUAGAAGAUCGAAUUUGCUUGAAACUGCCUGGUGUAUUCAUUUGAAGCAGUUUUUUCUCCGUUUUGGUUUCACCACAAUGCCAUACAAGUUAAGAAGCCCAACCAAGUUUGCUUGGAUUUCGUUGAAAUGGCCUGGUUUCAAUUACGGUUAAGAACUGGUGUCCACAGCUUUUUAUAGUGAAAGAUUACACUUUAAGCCUGAAAAAGCCACUGGAUCCGUAAUAAUUCCUCUAUAUGUUCUCUAAGAAAAAAUCCUUUGCGUUCAAAAAUCCACAUGAAAUAAGAAAGCGUCAGGGUUUGAAAGACAUUGCUUAGAACAAAUAGAUUGAACCACAGCUUAAUUUUUAGAAGAAGCUUGGCAAACACGGUUAUUAAGCCUGCGAUAAAGGCUAUUCGAAAGGUUUCUCUCUAUAUCACCUUCACUCUACUUGGCAACAUUCUGCGUGCCCUUGGUAUGCGCCUCCAUAGUGUCGAGACACCAUACCACUUGGACUCCCCUUAAGUGUACAAGAUCCAUUGAAAACAUUUCUGUAUUGUUCACAGCUCUAUUGAAAGGACUUUGGACUGGGCAAUGAGACACUCCUACCACAAAAAAGAGCAUUUAAAUAGCGGAUGUAAAUGUCUUGGUAAAUAAUUGUCUUUGGAUGAGCUUUUUAACAAAGUUAAAGUGGAACUUUGAUACGAUUUAGACUUAAUGGCCCUCUUCGAUCUUCAAAUUACAUGUAAAAUAGGCCAUGCACUUGAGUGGGCUUCUAAAGAUUUCAAUGAUUGCAAAAAAGGGACUAAGCAAGAAAUUAAGUGACAACGAAUGCUUCACGAUUUACAAAUUGAGGACUAGAAAUGAAUUAAAAAUUACAAAUAGUUAUUACAUUAAAAUAUUUUUGCAACAAAAUCCUUAACAAAUAAAAAAUAUCUAAAACGUAAGUAUAAUCACUUUGAAUAUUAAAAAUAUUGCGUCAUCAAAGAUUAAGCAUUGCUUUUGCAUUAAAAAAAGUUUCUAAAACAAAAAAUUCAUUAAACUUAAUGAAACAAAAAAGUCCAAAAUUUGCUUGGAACAUAAAAGUAUAAAAGUCAUUACAACAGGGAUUUUUAAAAAGUUUCCUGAAUUUUUAGAAACCAUUGACUUCCUCUUAUGCAUUCUUUAAAGAGCAUUUAAAGAGCUUAUGCAUUCUUUAAAGAGCAUUAUCAAGCUAAAUUAAUUAAUUUUCGCAAUUUAUUUCAGUAUGAUAAAGCUUUUGUGAUUUGUUUCCAGGAAUGAGUCAUUAACUACUUACUGUAACUUGCACCAUUCCAAGUUCUGUUGUAACGGGAUGGGAAAUGCAUCACUGAAAUUAUAGCUUUUAUAUAUUUUUGCUUUUCAAAUGUCUCACGUUAAUUCCAAUCAGUGAAAAAAAUUAAAUCUCUGAUUUUAGAAUGUCAUAGCAAAGGUUAUGAAAUAAUCAAUCUUAAGAAACUGAAAAAAAUCUCGCAUAUGCUAUCGAGUUAAAAGCCUAAUUCAACUACUUGAUAGAAAUACUAAAUGGUAAAAAUAUGAACAAUUAAAGAAGAUAUAGUACUAAUCAACAUUUCAAAGCUGAAAGUAAAUCUACUAUCUAAUUGAAGAAUUAUUCAAAAGUAAGUAACACAAAUUGCUGCGUUAAGAACUACAACACCCCCAUUGUUGUCAUUUUCAUUCUUUGUCCUCUGUAGAAAAAACUUGGGGUGGGUCACAUUUUUAGCCAUUUUGACUAAAGUUUUUUAUCAUUAUUCAACACUUAAAA